GCGGCAGGAGCCGCCGCAACCGACGCGGAGCCUCUCACCUGCCCCCGCUCCGGCCCCGCCAUGGCCCGUCGGGUCGCCGCCGUUCUCCUGCUCCUCGCCCUUGGCUGCCUCUUGGGUAUCCUUCUGCUCUGCUUCGGCUCCGGGGACACGCGAGGUCCGCCGGGCUUCAAGUAUGGCAUCGUGCUGGACGCCGGCUCCUCCCACACUGCCAUGUUCGUCUACAAGUGGCCUGCGGACAAGGAGAAUGACACCGGCGUGGUCAGCGAGCACAGCAUGUGUGACGUGCAGGGUCCCGGAAUCUCCAGCUACAGCUCCAACCCUCGGGCUGCCGGGACGAGCUUGGUGCACUGCCUGACCCAGGCCCUGCGGGAUGUGCCCGAGGAGAAGCACACAGGGACUCCGCUCUACCUGGGCGCCACAGCUGGCAUGCGCCUGCUCAACAUCGCGAACCCGCAAGCUUCAGAUGCCGUUCUCAGCGCUGUGGCAGCCACACUGAAGUCCUACCCCUUCGAUUUCCGGGGGGCAAAGAUCCUGUCAGGGGAAGAGGAAGGGGUCUUCGGCUGGGUCACUGCAAACUACCUCCUGGAGAACUUCAUCAAGCGUGGGUGGCUUGGGGAAUGGAUCCAGCCCCAGAAGAAGACCUUGGGGGCCAUGGACUUCGGAGGUGCUUCCACACAGAUCACCUUUGAAACCAGGGACACCAUUGAAGACCCCAGAAACGAGGUGAUGCUGAAGCUGUAUGGCCAGGAAUACAAAGUGUACACCCACAGCUUCCUCUGCUACGGAAGGGACCAGGUCCUCAAGAGGCUGCUUUCAAAGCUUUUCCAGGCUGAGGGCUACCGAGCAACCAUCUCCCAUCCCUGCUGGCCCACAGGCUACCACAAGAGCCUGUGGCUGAGCAGUGUCUACGACAGCCCCUGCACAGAAAAGGAGAGGCCGAGCCUUGCCCUCAACACCACUGUCACAGUGGCUGGCACUGGGAACAGCAGCCUCUGUGCUCUGCACCUCAGCAAGCUCUUUAACUUCACCACCUGUUCCUUCUCUCACUGCUCCUUUGAUGACACUUUCCAGCCAGAGGUUUCAGGCAAAUUCAUUGCCUUCUCUGCCUUCUUCUACACAGUGGACUUCAUUCAGACAGUGAUGGGGAAACCUGUGCACAUGCCUAGUGACCUGAAGGAUGCGGCUGAGACCAUCUGUGCCACCAGCUGGAGUGAGCUGCUGCAGAAAGCUCCCAAGCUGGAGAAGAGGCUGCCUGAUUACUGCGCCGUCAGCACCUUCGUUUACUUGCUCACCACAAAGGGCUACAACUUCAACAACCAUUCCUUCCCCAACAUUGCCUUCCAGAAGAAGGCAGGAGAAACCUCCAUCGGCUGGGCCCUGGGCUACAUGCUGAACCUCACCAACAUGAUCCCAGCAGAGAAGCCCUCCUCCCACAAAAGCAUGCUGUACAACUACUGGGUCCUCCUCAUCCUGCUCUUUGUGCUCAGCACGCUGACAUCUCUGGUGACUGCUGUCUGCCUGCUCCAGCGCAGCAAGUCCCUCGCAAUCUGACAGCAGGGCACAGCACCAGGGCACAGGCUGGGCCUCUCCUGCAGGGCACAGCACCAGGGCACAGGCUGGGCCUCUCCUGCAGGGCACAGCACCAGGGCACAGGCUGGGCCUCUCCUGCAGGGCACAGCACCAGGGCACAGGCUGGGCCUCUCCUGCAGGGCACAGCACCACCCUUCCUCAGGAGUCACCACAGCCUCAACAUGUGGGACACAGCAGUGCUUGGAGAUGUCCUCCUCCAACACCUGACACUGCCUGUCCCAGAAGGAAAGUUAUCCCUUUUUGCCCUCCCCUGGCUUUCAAGCUGCUGAAAGGGAGGGACAGAAGAGGAACACUGACUGAGGGCUGCCCAGUGCUACUCAGGGAUGGACCCUGGAGCAGGCUUGGGAUUUGGCUGUUCAGCCCUGGGCUGGCCCAGUGAGCCCAGACAACAGCAGGAUUUACUCUCAUGUGCAUGGGGUGGGUGGGGAGCAUCACUGCUGAGCUAGUCCUUAGAGUUGGCCUCACUGGCCUGUCCCUGGAGCAUCAGCCCUGCCUGCUAGGGAAGCUCCAGAUACCACCCAGAGUUCCUGCUGCCUUUCUGGUGAAUGCACAAACCCCACUGACCUUCCUGAGGGCCAGAUCAUGGCCUAGACUUCCACUGGCCUCAGCACAGGAGCUCUGAGUAAGGGCUUAGCACCCAGAUGUGGGGAGCAAGCAGCCUCCUAGGUCCUGCUUCAGCAACCAGAUAUGGGACCUGUUGCCAUGGUUCCUAAGCUACAUUUGCCUUUGCCACAGCCAGAGCCUCCUCCAUCUUCCCAGCAAUGGCACAAGAAGCCUCUAGCUCCCUGGUGCAUGUUCAUGCCAGGGCACUGCAGCAGUGAGGCUUGAUUUGAGCCCUGCAUCACCCCACAGCUGCCAGAUGGAUAACCAGCCUCCUGCUCCACCUGAGGAGGGACAUGGACAGGCAAACAUGCA